UUUUUUCAAAUUUAAAUUUUUUUUAAAAAUUAAAAAAGAAACUUUUUAAAAAAUUAUUAAAAAUAUAACAAAACAAACAAAAUGCUCAUAUUUAAGAAUUUAUUAAAAUUUUGCUAAAAGCAAAUUCAGACACAAAACACUGCCUGCUCCCAUAGACCCAUCAGUUCCGUCUAAUAAUAACAAAACUAAAUGCUAAAAAUUAACAGCAAAAAAUUAAAAAAUUGUGAAAAAAUUUUUUCAAAUAGAAAAUAAACAAAAAAAUUACCAUAAAUAAAAAAAACAAAUAAACAAAUACUAACUAGAAAAAAAAUCAAUAUUUAUUUAAGAUUUCUUAUUAAGUGUGCGGCUCAAGUUAAUUUGUUUAACAAAAUUAUAAAAAAAACCCUAUUCUCCUUAUAACCAUUUUUUUGAAAAAAAAAGUGACAGUCUAGUCAAUUCACACAUAUAUAACUUAAAUAAAGUGUUUUUAAAAAAUAUUUUUAAAAUAAAAAAAAAAAAUAAAUUCUAAUGUAAAAUACACAAAAAAAAACAAAAUUCAUUUAAGCCUUAAAAACAAAUAUUAAAUUUUAAGCUAAACAAAAAUUCUAUUAAAUAAUUAACAAAACGCCAGUAUAACAUCCAUAACAAUCUGGUAGCCAAUGUUGCCAAAUAUGCUCAAAAUGAAAACGGAAAUUAUCACUGGCAAUGGCUUCGAUGAUUCAUAUAUGUUUGAGGAUCAUUUAUUACACAUGAUAGAAGCUGAGAAUCACAUGAUACACUCGGAUGCUUUAUCAUCAGCCACCAAUACUACGGUACACAGUCCAGUAGCUCAGGCCUUGAGUCCUUUAGCGGCCUUGGGCCACAAUAGCAAUAGUAAUCAAAGUAAUGCCAAUUCACCCUUAAGUACGGGUAGUAUAGGCAAUAAUAAUACUACAACAUUUGCAAAUAUCGGUAAUAACAGCAAUAAUAAUAACAACAACAAUAGCAGUAGUAAUGCUAACUCACAGCAAUCGUCAACAGUGUGUGCAAUAUGUGGUGAUCGGGCCACAGGGAAACAUUAUGGUGCUUCCAGUUGUGAUGGUUGUAAGGGGUUUUUUAGGCGCAGUGUGCGCAAAAAUCAUCAAUAUACCUGCAGAUUUGCCCGCAACUGUGUGGUGGACAAGGAUAAACGUAAUCAGUGUCGUUAUUGUCGUUUGCGCAAAUGUUUCAAGGCGGGCAUGAAAAAGGAGGCAGUACAGAACGAAAGAGAUCGUAUUAGCUGUAGACGCACCUCAAAUGAUGAUCCCGAUCCCGGUAAUGGCCUCUCGGUGAUCUCUUUGGUUAAGGCUGAAUUGGAAAGUCGUCAAUCUAAAGCGGGAGCUGCCAUGGAAACCAAUGCCAAUGAAGAUCUCUCUACCAAACAAUUUGCCAGCAUUAAUGAUGUAUGUGAAUCAAUGAAACAACAGUUAUUGACUUUAGUGGAAUGGGCGAAACACAUACCAGCCUUUAAUGAGCUACAACUGGAUGAUCAGGUUGCCUUGCUGAGGGCUCAUGCGGGUGAACAUUUGCUAUUGGGUUUGUCACGAAGAUCAAUGCAUUUAAAAGAUGUUUUGUUGCUGAGCAACAAUUGUGUUAUCACUAAACAUUGUCCGGUAGAUCCGAGGGUCUCGCCAAAUCUAGACAUAUCACGCAUAGGAGCGCGUAUCAUUGAUGAACUGGUAAUGGGUCUAAAAGAUGUUAAUAUAGAUGAUACCGAAUUGGCCUGCAUUAAGGCUUUGGUAUUCUUCGAUCCCAAUGCUCGUGGCCUCAAUGAACCCCAGCGCAUUAAAACCUUGCGUCAUCAAAUUCUUAACAAUUUAGAGGACUAUGUGUCCGAUCGCCAAUAUGAAUCACGAGGACGUUUUGGCGAAAUAUUACUUAUAUUACCGGUACUACAGUCAAUAACCAUGCAAAUGAUCGAACAAAUACAAUUUGCCAAAAUUUUCGGAGUGGCUCACAUAGAUUCUUUGCUGCAGGAAAUGUUGCUAGGAGGUGAACUUGCCGAUAAUAAUGCCCCUUUAACACCACCCAACCUAAACAAUUAUGGUGGCACUCAUGGCCUAGAUGUUAGUCAAGUGACUUCCACUUUGGAUGUUUUGUCAUCGCCCAAUAGUAAACAUCAUUUAACACACGACACCAUGUCCAGUUGUAUGGAUAGUAGUUUAGAUGCUCAAUUAAUUCCACCAUUAAUGGAUGGCUCUUCGGUUAAUGGUCAUUUUAGCUUGUGCGGUCCUCCCCUUUCCAAUCGUUCACACAAUGUUUCCACAGCUGCUGGUCAGCACAAUCAACAAAUGCGUCGGGAGAAUAACUCACCUUUACUCAAUGACAACGAACGUCUGGAGGUGGAUGAACAAAGUAGACAAAGCAAUUAUAUGGACUCGUACAGCAAUGGUCGUUCCAGUGUUAAUUCUUUAAAUAACUCUUCGUUAUUGGGUCAUUUACAGCAGUCCAAUAUGACGCCUCACCAAUCACCUCACUCGCCGCACAAUCAAAAUUCAAAUUUAGCUCAGGGUUCUCUAACACAUACACACAACUCUAAUCGUAAUCAUCCCUACCAAAGAAACGAAAAUAACCCGGAUAAUAACAAUGGUGGCAAUUCGUCUGUAUUACGUAAUCCCGUGGAAAUGACCUUAAAUGAAUACAACCGCAGUGCAGAGACUUCUUCAGAUGAUAUGUUAAGAAGAGCUGCCUUAAAGAUAAGACCCUCUGAGGCCUUAACUGCUAUACCGCCAAAUUUGCCUCCCACUACCGCCACUCCCACCUCCUCUAGUUAUAUGCUAAAUACCAUGCAUGAUGGUGACACCUAUCGCAUGGCCCUAAAACAAGAACCCGAAACCGGUUACUAAUUUUCAAUUGAAAAAGAAAAAAAAAACAAAAGGCCUUAAAAUAUUUCCUGAUCUUCCUUGUUAGUUUCUUCUUUGAAGUCUUUAUUAGUUUUAAGUUUAAUUUUAAACAUCUUGUUGGCUAAUUUAAGUUUUCUAUUCUAUUUUUUCUAAAUUGUUAAGGAAAGUUAUUAAAUAAUUUUCUUUUUUUUUUAAUUUAAUUUAACUAAAUUUUAGUUAUGGCUGUAGUUUUUGGUAGUUAGGUUUGUUUGUUAAACUUUUCCUUUAUUUCUGGAUAUUUGUUGCUAAUUAUUUUAAAUAAUUACUUUUAGUUUUAAGUUGCAGUUCAGUUUCAUUUGCAAUUUACUUUUUAUUAAAUGGUAAAUUGUUAGAUAUUUUUAUUUAGGAUUUUGGUAAAAUUUUAUAAAUUUUUUAAAACAUUAUCUUAUAUAUAUAUUUUUUUUUGUAUGUUAUUUUAUGAUUUUAUUUAUUUCUUUUUCUUAAUUUUAGGGUGUGAUGAAAUUAUAUGAAUUAUGUAUAUAAUAAA